AUCGGCGCUUCCAUCUACACUUUCCUCAACCACCGCAUCACACCUUCUCAAUUACCGUAGCCCUCACCGGACCGCCUUGUAAGGCUCACCUUAUCCACCUCCAAGCUUCUGCUUUGCGCUGACAACUCGUCUUCCACCGCCAUCAGCGCAUCCAAACAAUCAUGUCUGUCCAGCCGGUCGUCAAGGUGCGUUCAGCCCCACCAGCCCAAAUCCGUCGUCUGAACCACUCGCUAACCCGUCUACCCGCCACCACAGAAAUACACAGUUGGAUCGAGAGGGAUCUGGGAGAUUAUUCGGCGGUUCCUCGCAGUUGAUCCCAACCGUUCAAGUGGUGUUCCACUGAACCCUACAUUUCGUAACCCUGGCCCCGGUUCAUUUCCCGCUCACGAGUACACCGACCCCGUGACGCUUCCCGCGGCAGACAUUGCUCAGAAUCCUUACUGGCAACGUGACACGAGACGCAAUUACCCUCAAUUGAGCACAUUCAAGCAAUCCGACGUUGCCGUGCUGCUUGAGCUGGGCUCUGCAGCCAGCCCGCGCAUAGGCGUCGGCCAAGAGGGUGAGAGGCAACUUGUUGUCGUCAAGGAGGAGGGAGAGAAAGGUGGCUUGCCAUUAGCGUUCGAGAAGGGUGGCGAGAGGGCAGUCUCGGAGGUUCUCAGGGCCGAUGGCUUGCCACCUCUCCCCGGACAAGGCAUGACAUGGAAAAUCGCCAAGGACGAAGGUUUCCCUAGCGAGUAUGCGUUCUUUCCCCUCUUUCUUACUUAAACUUUCGGAUGUCGGCCCCCCAGGCAUAUCACUAACUAGCGUGUGUCUCUCCUGUCAGAUAUCCUUGCCGGAACUUCAAUUAGUGGACAAGGCAAGAUGUUGAUCUAGUAAGUGCCGAACCUAAAAAUGCACGACACCAUGUUACUGUAAGACGAUAGAUUGGGCUUCGGAAGGGAAACGUAAAUAUUUGCUUGGGUUAUCCAUUUAUUUGUUCUUCUUCCUUGUAUCAUACCGGCGGUCGGACCUUGGCACCUUGCUGGCGGAUAAGCUCAGCUCUACCCCCAGCACAUUUAGAAUUAAAUGGUCGAAGCCAUACCAGUAUACCAAACGUACGUAAGAUUUCUCAAUGGAGCAAGUCGAGCACAUUGAACAGUCCGUACCAGUCCAGUCAGACCGUAAGGCAGUUCAGUCCAUACCGGACCAGUACAGUCUAAUAUAGUCCACACUCACGCAAGACCAAAUCGUGGACCACAGUAUCGUUCAACAGAGUAAGAAACCAGAAUUACCAACUCCCUCAGUCCGAUCGAGCUUCCAGAACCAUACCGGUCCCACAUCUCCAUCCCCUUCCCUCCCUAGGGGGAAAAAAAAAAAAGAAAAGAAAGAAAAAAAGUACCGUACCGUAGCUGAACUUUCCAAACGCUCGGUGCAAUCCGGUGCAAUGCAGUCCACCACGCAGAAUCAGACCAGUCCACCAGCCCCACACACACACAAAAAUUAUUCUAAGCCCAACGCACAAGCCC